AUGGCGGCGGAGGCGGCCAGCACCGGUGGACAGGUGAGCGGAGCGGCGGCCUCUCCCCUCACCCCGCCCCGGCGCUCCGCCAGCUCCCGCAGUGCUCUGCUGGCGCCCGCCACCCGCCACCGCUCUGAACCGCGGCCGCCCCUUGCGCGGCCCCUCGCAGCUCGCCCGCCCCCGCAGCGCCCCCGGCCCAGCCCCACAGGCGGGCGGCGCCGGCCUCGCCCCCUCGCUCUGCCGGGCUGGGGCAUAUGUACUGUUCACUGUCAGGCAAUAGAAAAACAGCUGAAGAUCUGUGGCUUUAAGAGGAAUGUGGAUGUCUUAGUGUUGUAUCUGGCUGGACAAGAACUAAGAAGCGUCCCAAGUCUAUCACAGUUUCGUAGGUUAAGGUAUUUGUGGAUUAACAAUAAUAAGAUUCCAGAUUUAACUUUUUUGAGCAAGAACUACUGUUUGACUGAGCUCUAUCUCCACAAUAACAAACUGACAGAUAUCUCAGGUGCUCUGAAACACUUACAUGUAUUACAGAUUCUGUUGCUUCACAACAACCAGUUAAUAUCACUUGACAGAACAGUGAAGGAACUGAAAGGAAUUAAAAGCUUGCAGACUCUAAACUUAUUCCAUAACCCUCUGGCGCAAGACACAGGCUACCGGCUUCAUGUGAUAUAUUUCCUUCCUUCAGUACAGCUCCUUGACAGGAAGUCAGUUACACAAAGAGAAAGGGAGUCAGCGUUUCAUCAGUAUAACUCUGAAAGGUCUCAUAUUGUGCAGUCAAUAGCCUUUGGAAAGAGAAUAAAUACACCCAUGAGGACUACAGUGGGGUCUAGCAAAUGGACUCAACCAGCCAGAAAACUGAUGAUGCCCUCAGGUCAUAAAUUUGGAAAUCAGACAAAUAAAGUACUACUUGAGAACCCUGAAGAUGCUGUUUCAGCAAGGGCAAUGAGAAGAUCUCUAAUGGAAUUUUCCACUGUUGACUGGAACACAGUAGCCACCUGUCAAGAACGACAUUGUGGGAGCAAAGCAGCACCCCAUGAGAGGCUGACUGUCCGAUUUACAUGAGUGCUUUCUUCCUUAGGAAAAGAAUUAUUCCUCUCUCUAGAGUGGAGAUAAGCCUCUUAACUAAGUUAUUAUCUCAGUAAAACACAUUCACUAAAACAUGCAUCUCAUUAAAUGAGCUUCCAGCAUAAUGAGUAUCAGUGUAAUGUUCCUUUUACCAUCAGAUAUCUAAUAUGGAGAAUGAAGACAUUACAAAACCAAAUGAUAAAUAGUGGCAGUGUUACAAUUAAAGUUGCUUGAAAUCUCAUUCUUAACAGAAUUUUGUUACCAGAAAUUAUUAAAGCUAAACUGCAAGCUAGUUUAAAA